GAAAGAGCCUUACUCAGCCACAUUGUUGACAUCCGCUGAGACUUCGGUGCAACUCCACGUGCCUGUUAGACCUACGGACUUGUAUAUCACGGACUCCGCUGGUCUGCGAGGCGACUCCGUAGUCCGUCUGUGCUGGAUAUACUUCCUACCUCUUGUCACGCAUUGAUCGUUCUUUAAUCGACUUAACGUUCUCUACAUCGUUCAAAAUGGCCGCAAUGCAAGAGCAAGAGUGGCACCACAAGGGAUCGUCAUGCUGCUCUCCGUUCGGGACCUGUUGCCUCUCAUGGUGGUGCCCUUGCAUCCUCUAUGGACGCACGCGCCAUCGUAUGAGAUCCAAUGGCGACAUGAACGACUACUCCUGCUGUAACAUGAGUUGCGCUACAUUCACCGGACUGUUCUGCGUGGGCUUUGCCUGGAUUCUGCCGCUCAUCAAUCGAGGAGACGUCCGCGCGAAGUACAAUCUGACUGGAAACGGCUGCAAGGACUGCCUCUGUGCUUGCUUCUGCGGGUCGUGCGAUCUCAUGCAGCAGGAUAAGGAGGUGCAGCAUCGUGAAGAGCAGGGCAGGCUGCUGCUGGAUCAGCCUGGCAAGGCGAAUACCAUGGACUAUGCGCCGCAGAGGCAGCAGCCGCAGCCACAUUACCACGACCAUAGCUAGGUUGGAGCG